UUGUUAAUAAAAUUAAUGAUCAAAGGUACACAACCUAACUUACUAUGGACAACCUCGAUGACUCUGAGAACAAUGCCAAGGUUUCGGAUUCAGCUUAUUCUAACAGCUGCAGCAACAGCCAGUCUAGACGAAGUCACAGCUCCAAGUCAGCACGCUCUGGAAGCAAUUCAAGUGGCAGCAGUGGAUAUGGUGGGAAGCAAUCCACGUCUGGCAGCAGCAAAACAUUAAACAGUCAACAACCAGAUAAAAGAACAAAAGAUAAAGAAGGAAAGAAAAAGAAGCAACAGGGUCAGACAGAACUUGUCCAAAUCCCAGCUGAUGUGGAAUUCAGACUUCCUAACCCAGCCCCCGUCACAGAGGUCGAGGAGGAACUUGAAAAUGCUUCUCCGCCACCAGAGAUUGAGCAGGCACAAAAUGGAGUUCAGAGGAGCACGGAGUCAAUCAAGGAAGAUACUGCUGAAAACCCAGACAAUUGCUCCACGCCCCAGCCCUCCAUGCACACCCCCACGAGUAAAUCCGUUUAUUCUGAGGGGUUUUCGUGCGUCAUAUCGAUGCACGACGGCGUGGUGCUGUACAUGUCGUCAACGCUGACGGCAACGCUCGGCUUUCCCAAGGACAUGUGGAUAGGGAGGUCCUUUAUAGACUUUGUCCACCCUUUGGAUCACAAUAUUUUCGCGUCGAAAAUCACCGACGGGCUGACGGUUCCGAAGGAAAUAAAUGUUCAAACGCCAGGAAACUCCGUGUCGACCAUGUUCUGUCGCAUCAGAAGGUACAGGGCGCUGGCCACGGGGUUUAGCGUCAAGGACCGAAGCGUCACCUUCAUACCCUUCCUGCUGAAGUUGUCAUUCAAAGACGUCUACGAAGAAAAGGGAUCCGUCAUUUACUUGGUCAUACAAGCUACGCCGUUGUUGUCUGCGUAUAAUAGUCCCAAUGAGGUGAUUAAAGACGCGGUACCAUUCGUGAUGCGUCACGUGGCCAACGGGAGCGUGGAGUACAUCGACAACGAGGCGGUGUCGCUGCUGGGCUACCUGCCGCAGGAUGUAACGGGGCAAGACGUGCUGAAGCUCUACCAUCCCGGAGACCUACAGUACGUGCGGCACGUGUACGAGUCCAUCGUCAAGCAAGGGAGGGUGCCGCGCUCCAAGCCCUACAGAAUGCUGGCUCAGAAUGGGCACUACCUUAAGCUUGAAACGGAGUGGUCGUCUUUUAUAAAUCCGUGGUCGCGUAAACUUGAGAUGGUUAUAGGAAAACAUUACGUGAUUGAGGGUCCAGCAAAUCCAGAUGUUUUUCAAGCGGCAUCAAUAACACCCAAUAUGGUAUCCGAUGAAAAUGGUAUCGAAAUCCAGGGCAUUAAGGAUAGUAUUGUCAGGAUUUUGAAUGAGGUCCCGACGAGACCGGCAGAGCUCGUCAAGCAACAAAUGACUAAGCGCUGCCAGGAUCUAGCAUCUUUUAUGGAAAGCCUGAUUGAAGACCAACCAAAGGUGGAGGACGAACUGCGGGUAGAAAUACAAGAUAAUGAUAACAGCUAUUUUGAACGGGACUCUGUGAUGUUAGGGGGGAUAUCACCGCACCACGACUACAAUGACAGCAAAUCCAGCACAGGAACUCUUUUAAGUUACAACCAGUUGAAUUAUAACGUCAACUUAAAACGGUAUUUUGACACCCAUCAGGAUGGUUUCGGCGAAGAGGGCGCGAAAGUUUCAGAGACGACUUUAGUCUCAAGUAAAGGACAAAAUAUAUUUAGCGGGGAAUGUAUGUCGCCUAUGACCCAGUACGCCAAUUCAGUGGAGAUGACCUCAGUGGAGUCGGUGUGCCUUACCUUCGAGGAAAGCCCUGUGGCGCUGUCGUACGAGUACCAGCCCAUAAGACUUACAGAAUCCGUCUUGAAUAAACACAAUUCAGAAAUGGAAAAGAUAUUCGUGAAGAAAUAUCGCGAAAGUCGACCAGCUAACAAAGAGGAGCGGGAAAAGUUGAACCACGAGAGCAAGCAGAAGAAAAGGGAUCACCUCGUCCGCUGCAACGCGUCGUUCGUGCCCACCACGGUCAAUUCCGUCGCGGUUGAUCAGCCGCACGGAUUGAAGCGUGCAUCGAAGCCUCUAGAAGCGGAAGCAGGCACCCACAAGCAGCACUGUGCGUCGUCGCGGCAGAUGCGCCGGCGGCAGCCGUGCUGCUCCGCGCCCGCGCCGCCCUCCACCUCCGUAGCCACUGUCGCUACGUCGGCGUCUGUGUGGCCGCAGAAUAUCGUGAACGGAAUGAACAGGUUCAUGCCGCAGCAAAUGCCGCUAGUGAGUCCUAUUUCUGCUUUGCCAGGUUUCGUGCCUGUGUACUACUUACCAACGACGGUACCGUCCUGUACCGUGCCGGUUACGUCGACGACGAGCGCACAUGAUCCUAGCAAGCUAAAUUCUUCGCAAUUUCAAUUCCAGGCCCCGGCUGUGCAAUACAUGAUGUACGGGCAGGCGGUAUUCGGGUCUCCGAUCGUGGUUUCGCCGGUCAACCAUCAACCGCCUUUUACGAUGCAGCAAAACGUAAUGCAGAACCAAUUCUCCAACCCGCAGACCAGUCUGAAGCUAGCGACUCGCAAUUAUGAAGAGGCAUGUGAACCCGCUCCCCCGCUGAAGCCGCCCGGCAAGCCGCAGCUGGCGGCGUUGCGCGACAAGAAGCGCGCCACCGCGCCGACGCCGCCCACCGCCCCGAGGAGCGCACAACCUCGCAGCGGCAAUACCAGCAUAUGCACCGCCACCAACGCUCUGAACAGGAGUAAUGAAGCCGUCCCAGCAGAGUGUUCGACGUCGCGGCGAGACAGCAAGAUGAAAAGCGAGGGGACGGGGACCGGACACGGGGAGCACACGGACGGGGAGUCAAGCUACUCCUCCUUCUACAGCUCCUUCUUCAAGACCGACUCGGGCAGCGCGGAGGACAGCGGCGACGCCAACAAUAAACAGAACCAGACGGACACGUCUGGCGCGUCCACGAAUCCGGGUAAUGAUGACCCCCGCCACAAACAGAUGCAGAGGAGAAAAAAGGAACCACCUUGGAUGGAACAAGUAUGCGUAACAUCAGAGUUGAUAUACAAAUAUCAGGUCGUAACAAAGAGUUUAGAUGAAGUUUUAAUAUCAGAUAAAAAGAAGUUGGUCGGUGUCGAACAGCCGUCCAUGGUGAACGAGCAGCUGGGCCAGCUGUACAUGGACCUGCAGCUGGAGGGCGUGGCCGCGCGCCUCACGCUCGAGGAGGGCAUCGUCAGCUCCGGCAGUUCCAGCGAGGAGGGCCACAAGUUGUCCAUCAACACCCUGGCCAAGCGCGCGAGGAGAAAAAGGAAAUAUAGUAAACUGGUGAUGAUAUAUGAAGAGGAUGCUCCGCUGCCACCGCCCGAAGAGGAGUCGGAGCCCGAGCCCUCCACGUCAGGAGCCUAGCUCCUGAGCUUUGCACUAAGCACUAACAAUAACUACGAGUAAAUUACAACUCAAGGCUAAUAUGGAGACGUAAGCGAUAACGCCUCGGAGUUGCACGCUCGACGCUGACGCCGCGCCGACCGCUAUACAUUGGCUAAACUAAAACAAACGUAUGUUUUGGUGCGGCAGCGUCUCUAGCAUGCACGCUCGGAGCGUGCGUUCCGUUGCUCGGUAUAGAGGAAUCCUUACGAUUUCAUUUGCAACGCCACUGUGUCAUAAGUUAUACAUCGUUUAAGUAAUACAUGAAAACAGUUUUAUGUAGUUUGUAUCUAUACGGUGUAUAGUUUCAUAGUGAUAGAGACUGGACUUGUAAUUUAACUGUAAGUGUGUUGUGCUCUGCUGUAUUGGCCGACACGCUUUUUGUGGUCUAAAAUAAGUUAAAUAAAUACUUAGGUUUUAUGUUUUUGAGUACCGACAUCGCUGUAUCGCGGACGAAUGUGCAAUUUACUUGUUCUCUUUAUAAGAAAUAUUUUAGUUGUCGUUAGUAUAAUAAUAGUUUUUAUUAUUAUUAUUAUUGAGUUUAUUCCUUUGUUUGAGAUAAAAUAUUCGUGUUAAAAGUAAACGAGAGAGUACUAUAUUCACAAUAUUCGAUACAUCGACCUUGUACAGGCGAUUGAGAUGUCUUACAAACGGAUUUAAAUGUUGUUGUUAACUACCUUUCGGGAGAUUUUAUAGAAAUCCUAUUUUUACUGAAAGAUUAAUAUUACCUACAUAUAUUAACUUAUAUUUAAACUACGUACUAUAAGAGUUUUGAAUGAUUCACGG